AUGGCGGUCGCACAAGAGGCAUUGAAAAUUUGUGAGAGUUUGGAAGGAAUCUUAAAGAAAACCUUUGGUCCGAACGGGCUUGAUGUCAUGUUAAAUUCAUCUUCUGGUAAUAUUCUCAUAACCAACAAUGGUGCACUGAUUUUGAAGUCACUCAGUUUGGAUAAUCACAUCAGUAGAACCGUGGUUGAUGGUGUUGUCUCACUGAGCAGCAUUGCAGGAGAUGGCUCAACAUCGUUUAUUUUACUGCUCACAGCUCUUUUAAGGGAAACUAUGCAGUGUACGGGAAUUUCAGGAAGAAGUAGUAAAGCAGUAAUGUCCUCAAACCAAAGACAGUCUCUUCUCGCUUUAUCUCGAGCUUUUAUUCAAUUUGAGUCGACGUUAAUUGACGAAGUUGUUGUUCCAUGUCUUCGAACAAUCACCAUAACGACGGACCUGCAAGAUGAAGAUCUCUCGACGAUAAAGCAAAAAAUCAAUAGACUGAUAUAUUCAACAAUGAAUGGAAAAUUUCCAGUCAAUACAGUCUUUCUUUUUGCGGAAAUUCUUUCUGACUUGAUAAUAAAGACUUGGAAAUCCCCAGUGUUGUCUCUAAGAGAAUCGGUUUUGCACGUGAUUGAUGAAUUUCCUCAGAUUUGUAUAGAAGUGCCAAGUCUACCAAUUUCAUUCUCACAAGUCAAACAAGGAAUAUUAAUUCCUCGUCAAUUUGCUUUUGAUGUGGAAGAAAUAUUCACUACACUUCAAAACUUCAAGUUCAUAGUCUUGAACCGUAGCCUUGACAUAUCUGAGCCACAGGUGCCAUCAUCUAUCAGAAUCAAUGAUCAAAGUUCAUUUGACAUGAGUUUUCAGUGGAAAAGAAAUCAAGUUCAAAGGUUGAUAACAAUGUUUCAACAACAUGGGAUCAGACUGAUUUUAUCAUCAGAGAAUGUGUCCGACCUUGUCUUACAUUUCUGUAGGCAAACUGGAAUAGCUGUUGUCAGUAUGAUCCCUGUCGAGUAUACAGAAUACAUUUGCAAGUGCACUGGAGUACUUCCUGUUCAUAAUAUUGACAGUAACGACCUUGACGAAGUCUUCUUAGGCACAAGUCUUUCGUGUGGUACUCAGAGACUAGGUCAUCAGAAGUUUGUUUGCAUGCAUGUCGACCCACGAAACCUUCAGUUCAGUCCACACUAUUUAAUUCUUUGCUCCCCAGCUCAAGGAUUGUGUAAACAAUACUACAUUGCUCUUCACAAUGCUUUAAAAUGUGUCAAAAUGUCUUUCAGUGAAGAUGGGAAUUGCCUGACAUUUCUACCUGGUUGUGGUGCUGCUGAGUUUGCUAUGAGCUUUAGUUUGAAGCUUCAUUCACUCAAUGUAGUAGAUCUCAAUAUGUCACAAGCCUUGGAAAUAUUAAGUAAAGCUUUGCAAACUAUUCCACACACACUCCAUCAAAAUUCAUUUUCUAUUUCACACCAAAAAGAAAAUUUUGUGCAUCGUCUACAUGACGUUGAGAAGUCUUGGAAGAGCAAUGGGAUUGUUCUUGGAGUAAAUUCUAAAACAGGAAAAGCUGUAGAUGCUGGAAAGUUAGAAGUUUAUGAACCCUUUUCAGGGAAGUAUUUGUUGAUACAGAGUGUGCUGCAAUGCUUAUCGCAGCUGCUGAGGACAGAAAAAUUCUUAGGUGUAAAAAAGCUGUAGGCUAUUUAUAGGGUUAAACCCCAUUGUAGUGUCUCACACAGAAUGCAUAUAGUUGUAUGAUUGUAUGUCCAUUAUAAAUUGUGGAAGUUAUCAGCUCCUGUAUCUGAAUGGGAAACCUAAAAAUUUGCAGGCUUGUUUCAACUUUCUAUGUAGGUAGUCACAUAUGAAAUCACAUACAGAGUUUCAAAUAAAUGCGGCAGGAUUAUCUCAGUCUGGUAGAGCGCUUGACUGCAGAGCAGGAGGUCACGGUUUUGAUUCCUGGGGUCAGACCCAUACUCAGGGUCUUAAAAUAACUGAGAAAUGAAGGUACUACCUUUGCCCUGCAAAUGGCCAGACCUUCGCGUGGCUCAGAUAACCACAUAAAAUGGUGGUCCUGUCUCCAGUAGGAGAUGUCUUGAAAUAUAGUGUCCCCAAUUAGCACUUUCGAGCUAAAUACAUUGAAACUCAAAUAAAGUGCAUUUUUUAAAUCAUACAUUGUACUCACCAUCUGUCCUCUCAUUGGCUAAUAGCCUACAGUUAAUUUUGGAAAUCAGUGCAACCUACAGAUAAGUGACUAAUCUGUGGGUUGCAUGUGCAGUGCAUGAAUCCCAAGAGCAAUGUCAAACUGUGUUCUGUGUGAUCAUGAUGGAUUAUGUGUAAUAAGACAAUAUUAUUAUUAGAUUUGGUUUUUUUAUGAUAUUUGGAGUAAUCAAGGUCUUGAUAAGUGUUAUCAGCCUCAGUCUUCAGCUUGGCUUAUAACACCUCAACCUUGAGUAUUCCUAGCCUCCCACCCAGAUGUUCCAGGUAUCACAAAAACCUCAUCAUCCAAUAACAGUCAUACAGAGUUUAGGUAUUAUGAUCUUGAAACUGAUGUCACUGUUCUGAGGGAACAGUACCACAAUCAGGCUCAAUUUUUACAUGCAUAAAUAGCAAACUGUUGAGCUUUCUGAAACAGUCUAGUGAUACCUUAUUAAUUGCCUUUGUUACUUGCAUUCAAAGGGAAAGGAGAAUUCGGGCAUGCCAGAACCCUAGGGAGGUACUCCAGAUUUCAAGUGACGGGUGAUUGAAGGACUUUUUGGGUUUGAAAUUUUCGAUUCCGAGAUUUUUUGGUAAGAAAUUCUGGCAAGUAUUUUUUCAGAUAGCUUGAUUCAAGUAGAGAAUUUUGGGGGUAUUCAAAACAAUUUGAAGAUUCUUGGGAGUGCUUGCGUAUCCUGGCUGCCAAGUUCUGUGAUUAAAGUACAGCCACACUUUUUUGGAAAACUCUAUUUUUUGUGUUAUAUUGCAGUUUAUUUUUUUCUGGAAAAUUUUAAGGCUUGUAAAUUUGGCAUGGGAUUUUUGGGUGGGUUAAAUUUUGGUUUAGGGAUGUUUCAAUGGGGAUUUGCCGGAAGCCUGUAGGGAUAAUUUUUGGUUUUGAUUUUUGACCCCAUUUGAUCAUCCCUGCUACUUGAAAUCUGGAGUAUUCCCCCUGAGGCCAGAACCCAGACAGCAUAUUUGGGAACCUUCUGUCCCAGACGACACUGACUUUGUGGACACCUCAUUAAUUAUAAAAACCCCAAUAAUAAAUGGAUAGGAGAUGAGAGGUGCUGCAGAAAUGCUUUUUACAAAUGCUUCACCAAAACGAAUCCCCGGCCCUCCCCAUAUUUUUUUUAUUUUUAUUUUUUUUUUUGGAAAGUGAGUAGCUGAAACUCAUCAAAGAACAAAUAAGCGGCCCGGAUCAGGAAAACGGAAGAGGACAAAGGAAAAGGGGCACGCAUGGGUACUCUCCAUAGAUUAGGUGGGGGAGAUGGCUAACAUUUCAGACCAAACGGACCACUACCCCCAAAUCUUCCCCUCCCCCUCCCCACUCCACUUCAUAUUCGUCCCAGUCUCUGUCUAUCAACGCACAGCACAUUUCGUCUUCCAUAUAUGACGCAUCUACACAAAAAAAUCAACAUGGCGGCCAAACGAAAAUCACAAGGUGAUCGCGAAGAUGACGACGAUUCUUCAAUUUUGCCGCCUAAACGACAUGAAAACACGACUUCACAAGAUGCAACAACUUAUUAUAGCACAGAAUCUUCUUAUGGCGUUCAGUGGUACGAACAGCGCGGCCAGUGGAUAGCAUUGUAUGACUGGAAUAGUGGACAUUAUUAUUAUCAAAAUAUCAGCGAUCAUAGAACGCAGUGGGAGCAGCCAGCAGAUUGGGAUUCUAUUCACCCUCUGUAUAUACCAGUAAACCAGUACACUGGUGGAUUUUGGAAUGAAUCAGUGAACAAAAAAGAUACAACGAAAGAUGUUCACGAGGAAGAAAACUACAAGACAUCUGUCGGCGAUUUAGAAGCGAAGGUUCAGCUGUUUCUCAGUCGUCCUGCUCGCCGACAGAUCGAUCCGGAGGAGAAGAAAAAACUGCACUGGAUCCCUGAGGGAGCUACUGAAUAUAACAUUUGGUAUGAUCGCUGGGUGGGAGAGCACUGGAGAGCAGACAAAGACCAUGGUCAGUUGUGUAGUUAAUAGGUUAAAUCUUCUUCAACCUUGGAAACUCAAGUAAAAACUAAAAUGUUUGAUAUAGCCGGAAAAGCCUAGUUUACAGUUAUUAGUGAAUGUGAGACAUAAGUUGAAACUGGUUAACAUUGUCCCUGGCAACCCCUCCUCCCCACACUGUUCUGCAUUUUUAAUGUUUGAAAAAUAUAGCAUUUAAAUCUCACUUCCUCAGUAAAAAGCUGUUCAAAUGCCCCCUCAUAGGUCCAUUUUAAGUGACCAAAGGCCCACACCCCCGCAGAUAUUAGGAGUGACCAUGUUAAUGUCAUGUAGCUUAGUCAUGUAGCUUUGCAAUGCUCUUCAAGGCUUAAGUCUUUGGGCAAGUUUCAGUAGACAGCUAGAGAGCAGCAUCACCAGUGAUGCACAGCAAAAAGAAGUGAGGCCUUUUCCUUUUAAUGUGCCUUUAUGCUAACACAUUUUUAUUGCUUAGUGUCUUUACUCUUAGAGAGAUGAUUUGCACAACUGAAUAGGUGGACAAAACUUCUGCCCAAGAAUGCAAAAAAGCACCUUCUGGGUGAAAUUUGUUGCUCAAAAACGCCUUUGCUUAAAAAGUAAUCAUUAUUCACUUUCAAACAGAAGAAGAUGGACAAUAUUUUCAUAGAGUAAAGAAUAUUUUACUUUUUUGUGGGUCUGGCAGACAAUCGUUAGCAUAACCACUGAAUAGUUAAGAAGUAUUUUCUGUUGCCCAAACAAAAAAAUCAUCUCUACAAAACUUUUAAAAAAUAUAUGUAUACAUUUUUUUAUUGAAGGCAAUUAAAUAGAGCUAUUGAUAUUAAAAGUCACUGUUUCAAAUAUCUUUGUGAGUAUUGACUCCAAAAUUGAUUAUUCUCUUGGUUAUUUCU